UGGCGGCGGCGCGGGGACUGCGGGGACAGCGAGCGGCCGCGCCGGUAGCGACGCCGGGGAACCCGCGCCCGCCUGCGCCUCCGAGGCGCGCCCGGCAGCGGCAGCGGGAGCGGCCCCGCGGCGCCGCGCAAGGCAGAGGCGAGCACCGCGCGCCGGAGCCCCGAGCUGGUCCCCGCCGAGGGCCGGGCAGCGGCCGCAGCGCGGGGCGCGGAGGGAGGGAGCCGCAGAGCGAGCCCGGGCCGGCGGAGGGCGCGGGCGCGAGCGCCGUGAGCCGCGGCGGCGAGGCGGCUGGCAGCAGACAAAAGCCCUAGGAGACGCGAUGCCCGGCGGGCGCGGGGGCCGCGGCGUCUGAGCGCGCCGAGCGGGGCGCCCCGGGUGGCCAGGCCCGCCGGUCCCCGCGGCGGAGGGCGGCAGGCGCGGCCCAGGUGCGCCCUGCCGCGUCGGGCCCGUGACUGCUCGGGGGGCGGCGCCGCGGCGGGAGCCAUGGGCAACAUCUCCUCCAACAUCUCGGCCUUCCAGUCCCUGCACAUCGUCAUGCUGGGCUUGGACUCGGCCGGCAAGACCACGGUGCUCUACCGGCUCAAGUUCAACGAAUUCGUGAACACGGUGCCCACCAUCGGCUUCAACACGGAGAAGAUCAAGCUGAGCAACGGCACGGCCAAGGGCAUCAGCUGCCACUUCUGGGACGUGGGAGGCCAGGAGAAGCUGCGGCCGCUGUGGAAGUCCUACAGCCGCUGCACGGACGGCAUCAUCUACGUGGUGGACUCGGUGGACGUGGACCGGCUGGAGGAGGCCAAGACCGAGCUGCACAAGGUGACCAAGUUCGCCGAGAACCAGGGCACGCCGCUGCUGGUCAUCGCCAACAAGCAGGACCUGCCCAAGUCGCUGCCGGUGGCCGAGAUCGAGAAGCAGCUGGCGCUGCACGAGCUCAUCCCGGCCACCACCUACCACGUCCAGCCGGCGUGCGCCAUCAUCGGCGAGGGCCUCACCGAGGGCAUGGACAAGCUCUAUGAGAUGAUCCUGAAACGCAGGAAGUCCCUCAAGCAGAAGAAGAAGCGGUAAUGCGCCCGGCAGCGUUCGGGAGCGAGGAGUGGCGAGCGUGCGCGUCAAGAAUGAAUGAAUGGAUGGAUGCAUGGAAGAGCGAGAACCCGCGCCCGCGAACAAAGACAGCGAACCAAAGCGAUUCUUCGAAUUUUUAAAUCGUAAUCUCUGCCCCCAAAUGUAGGACUGGUGACUUAACCGGGGUGUGUAGGCUGACUUGCUAGCCUGCGCUCGACCCACCCCCACCCCCAGCUCAGGACCUUUUGUCUGAACGCCGGAGCUGCUAAUGGGGCGGGGGCCUCGCAGGGAGUGGAGGUGCGGGUCCUGCGGUCCGCCCUCCCGGCCCAGGUAGGAGGCUCAGAUGUCAGAGACAAAAGCGAGUUCUUCCUACUCCAGCGGGGCCAGAAGUUCGGGCUGCCCCGCCCUCACGGGAGGAUCGCACCUGUGAGUUGCCUGAGGUACGCAGUUCCCAGAACCCUGGGAGUAUGUUGGCGGUGGGAGGUCUGGGGGGAUGGCCACUCCUUGCGUUUCACGGGCUGUGGAAGCUGGAUGAAUUUAUGUCACAGGGCAGGCCCCUGUUCAGAUUUCAUUUGUCCUGCUCUGGGCCCAGGCGAGUUGGUGGUUUGGGCCAUCAGAGGACUGCCUGGAACAACCCAGCAGCCUGAGGGCAUGGGCGCUGCCCUGGCCUUGGCUGGGGAUGGCCCCGAAGAUGCCCUUUCCCUGGUGCUUUGUGCUGGCUGCAGAAGACCAGUUUUGCUGAGAACUGCUUUUCGACCUGGACUCAGACAAUCUUCCAGAUGGUUUGAACUCUGUCCAUGUGUAGGUCAUUAUUACACAAAGAGACCAAUAAAAAUUGAAACAAAAAACUGUUGGAGGUGGUGGCAAAUGAUGCAUUUACUGUUCGCAGGACAGUUAAAGGUGUUUAAGGGGUAAAGCUCUUGGCGUGAAUGCUGGCUGGGGGAGGGGGCUGUGGAGCUACAGAGGCCCCCGUCUGUGCGGUGUAAUCAGCAUAAAUACCUAGACCCAUUCGUGUGGAAUCUUAAAUUCUCUUCACCUACUGAUUGGCCUGUGUGAGCGUACCAGCUGCAGAUGUGCGCCGAACUGCAAGAUGUUUUUUGCAAGGGAUGUUUCUUAUAAUACUAACCGCUUGUUGAUGGGUUUUGGUUUGCAGACAUGUUUUAAAAAAAAAAAAUCUAUAAUGAAUACUCACCUUAGAAUACUCCCCUUAGGAAAAAAGACUUUGCUCUGCCCAUUUAGGUCCCUUUACACUGCAAGUGGCGACACGUUCAAAUUUCUAAUUUGGUUCAUUGUGGCCUAUCUGGCUUAAGUAUUUCAAUAAAAAUGUCUCAUCGGAGUAUUUGACGUCAUGCACCGAAAAAUAAAACCCCGCCUUGUUGCAAAAACUGACCUUGUUGCAUGGAUUUGAAAGCGAAGGAAAAGCACAGGAUGAGGGGUCCUUCCUAAUCAUUCUUGUAGGAACUGGCUUGCGUAGCAGAUGCAAACAAUGAGUGCCUGAGAUGAAAGAAAGCGUGUGACAGAAUGGUCACCUGUACUCAGGCACUUCACAGUUUACUUGAAAGAGGCUUUGGAAAAUAAAGUGAAAGAAGACUAAAGAUGUAUUUUUAAUAAUGUAAUUUAAAAAAUCCUUUAUAAUCAGGACCGAGUCUUGGUUUGCCGAAGCUGUCAUUUGCCCUGGAACACAGUAUCAGAAGGGAAGCUUAAACUCAACUCUUUGAUUUUUAUUUCCUCUUGGAAUCCAUAUUUACAAGUAGAACUGCAAUUUCCCCUACUGUUGGAAAUUUUGUUACAAAGGAGGCCUAUAGAAAUUUAAUGCUUGAGCAUCUGAGUUCCUCAGACUGUUAAGUCCAUGCCUUUAGUCCAUUGUGCUCCAGUUUACCAGCUAGAGGUGUAAGUCUGGCUUCCUGCUUGAAACCCAAAUCUUACUUGAAACAUUUUAAAGGAAGAAGCCUAGCAGCCCAUCUUCCUUUUCUCUGUUGUCAGUGUAUUUGGUACCCCUCCAAUGCUGGUCUGUCUGUAGACAGUAGAGAAAAUAUAACUAAGCAGUGUUGGAAAGGCUGCAGGAUUUCAGUUUACAUAUCGACGGCGUAUUCACUGAUUUCUAAAUGGGCUGGACCCAUCAUCUGAAGAUUCUGUAAAGAAUUAUUUUAAAAAAAACCAUCUUCCUUUAUUUUCUUCAUAUCCAACAAUUUCUUAAGCACUUUGACAUUUUGGUAGUUCCACACUCUUGAGAGAAUAAUAUAUUUAUUUUGUGACAUUGCAGAUGCCAAAUAUUGUAACCUUCUUGUGCUUAAAAUACUUAGGUUCAAGAUCACUGUUCAAAUCCUGUCAUGCUUUACAAAUGACGCAAAAUGAUGUUUUAUUUUUUUUUGCAUUAGCAGUACUUAAGGGUGCAAGUCAACUAACUGUUAGUAAUUGUGCAGUACAGUUAAGCCCGGUGGUGUAUCAACUAAUAGUUAAGAGUCUCUGUUGAUUCCUGUAAUGUUUGACCCAAUAAUAGCCUUCGUCUCUGACCAGAGGAAGCACAGAUCAGAUCACCUUGAAGUGGUGGCCGGUGUGUCCCCACCAACACAGUGGUCAGUGACUGGUGGUGCGGUGCUGCCUGCCCUUUGGCGGGUGAAUGGGUUUCCCAUAGAGGAGGUUUGGCUUCCCCACGUGAGCUUUUGAAAUGGUUUCUCAUAGACACAGGGUGGCCAGUUUUAUUUCAGAGCACUUCUCUUCACAAAUUCUCUGUCAUGGUGUUGGGACUAUGUCUGCUGGUUUCCGUUUCCGUUUCUGCUGCUGUAAUUCUCUGUCCUGAUCAUCUUCCUCUGCUGUUCCCCUUCCCUUUUAUAUGCAUAUAUGAUGCUGUGAAAAGAAAUAAAUUAUUUAUACAUUCAAACA